GAAGAGCUGAGGAAGGAAUGUCCUAACACGCGUGAUGCUAGAGAUAAAAAGGGAAGUGCUUGCAGCUUGAAUUUAGCCCUUUUCCUGAAUCUCUCUCCAUCCUCGUCCUGCAACAUCUUGCUGCUGCUUCAGCCUUAUUAGAGCUAUAUUAUAGCUAAGUUGCUCUGCAGCUGCAGCAAUCAGGCUGAUCUCAUCUCUUGAGUGCAGCAGGACUGAAUUCAAAUUCUAAUUGUGCGAGAGUGAGUGAGGACUUUGUUGGGAACUCCUGCCAGAGAGAGAGACGGGGACUAACAAAGUGAGCCAUCGAGGGGAAACGCUAGGGCUCAGUGUGGUCCUAGAGGAGAGUGGUGAACCACAGAGGUAAGAUGAGUCUAAACAACGGCCAAAGUCUGACUGUCGGCGGACAAGAUUUCACCAAGAAUGGAGGCAACAGCAGCCGACCCCCUUGGGAAGAUGCGAGGGCAGUUUUGAGGCCCUCGACCCCCACCAGGAAACCUAAAUCACCCAAGCCUGAAAAUGCCAUCACCAUCGCCGUGUCAUCUCGAGUCCUCUUCAACAUGGAGAAGGAGCAGCAUAUCUAUGAACAGCAAGGCAUGGAAGAGUACAUCAAGUACCAAGUGGAGCACGAAACGGAGGCGUUCAGCCCUGGACCUGCUUUCUCCUUUGUCAAGGCUCUGGAGGCUGUGAACGCUAAACUGAGGGAGCUUUACCCCGAGAGCGAGGAGCUCUUUGAUGUUGUGCUCAUGACCAACAACCACGCAAAUGUGGGCCUAAGACUCAUCAAUACCAUUAAUCACCACCAGCUGUUUAUUGAGCGCUUCUGUAUGACUGGAGGAAACAGUCCCAUAGGAUACUUGAAGGCCUAUCACACUAAUCUUUACCUGUCUGCUGACCCUGUCAAGGUUCGUGAAGCUCUGGCAGAAGGUAUAGCAGCAGCCAUCAUGUUCACUCCGGAGAAGAUGAAGGAAGUGUCGGACACUCAGCUCCGUGUUGCCUUUGAUGGCGAUGCCGUCCUCUUCUCAGAUGAGUCUGAGCGGAUUUGCAAGGCCCAUGGACUGGACAAGUUCUUUGAGCACGAGAAGGCGCAUGAAAACAAGCCUCUAGACCAUGGGCCACUGAAGGGCUUCCUGGAGGUUUUAGGAAAGCUCCAGAAGAAGUUUUACGGCAAAGGUCAGCGGCUGGACUGCCCUAUUCGAACCUACCUCGUGACAGCUCGGAGUGCAGCCAGUUCUGGUACCAGAGCCCUAAAAACGCUGCGCUCCUGGGGUCUGGAGAUCGAUGAAGCUCUCUUUCUUGCCGGCGCGCCCAAAGGCCCAAUGCUGGAGAAGAUCAGGCCACAUAUCUUCUUCGAUGACCAAAUGUUUCACGUGGAGGGGGCAGCAGAAAUGGGGACGGUGGCGUGCCACGUGCCAUAUGGGAUCGCUCAGAGAGUAGUAAAAAAGGGAACAAAGGACAAAGAGACUCCUAAUGCAUCCAAAUAGCUGAGGUAUCACUGUGCAGGAGCACAGUAUACAGGGGCAUUGGCAUUUAGCAUGAUUUUACUACUGGAAGAAGUACGCUGUCCUGGAUUAACAGUGCAGGUAGUUAAUGCAAUAUCACAUAAUUAAAAAUAUAUAUGUUAAUAUUUAUCAAAGCAUUUAUUUUUCGCUAACACAUCAUUAUUAUUUUUAUCAGCAAGUAAAAAAUUUACAGGUUGUAUCAAAUGGCUUUAUUAAUUAAUCUUACGGAUUUACAUUAAGAUAUUAAACAGACAUUAAACGUUUAUAUUGCCAGGUUAUAAUAAUUUCUUUUAACUAUAUAACAGGGAUUGCUGUAGAAAAUGCUGUUAACAAUUUUUUAUAAAACAUAAUAAAACACAGAAUUUAUUGACAGAAUAAAGAAUGAACUUUCCACAAAGAGAUUCGAGUCAACAUGAAUUAAUCGUCAUCUUAUUCUGUUCUAUUAAAUCUGAAUAAAUCAUUCAGGCACCAUUAUUAAAAGUCGUUAGUCAUAAAACCCUUAAUCAAGAUGAUGUCCUAUUAUAACCUGUUUCUUAAAGUGGCAUUUCAAUUUAACAUUUAUUCUUGGUGAUUCAUCUUCCGUACGAAACAGAUAUUCAUUUAUUUUCUUUACUGCUAUAUGUUUAAGUGACAUAUCUUAUAAAAGAGAAAAAACUAUUUCAAAGUAUUGGAAAUACUCAUACAACUCUAAAGGAUAAAUUUAUUAGACUCUAUAUUUAUUUCUAAAUAAUAAUAUUUAGACUCCAGGAUACUAAAGAAACAUGAAGGAUACAUUUUUGUUUUGUGGAUUUGUGCAAUUCAUUCACUUUAAUUCUUGUCUUCAAGUUUGAGUUUUGCAAGCUGGUGCCUUCUGUUGUUGUCUUCUGUUGUAUUAUGAUGUAUGCUUUUAUGUGACUUUUGCAUGUUGGUGGUAUAUAUGCUGUAUAUGUAGGUUAUAUGAAUGUACCUUAAGAUUUAAUAUUUUUGAAAAUAUGUACGUUACUUUUUAUUUAUUUAAUGUUUCUCCUUGUUCACGAUGACAGAGAGAAGUCUAAAUAUAUUCAGCGUUUACUAACCGUUACCAUGUGCAGUUUUAAUUUCUACUACUUUCUCCUGAAGUGCCGAAAGUUCAGUGUCCCAAGUUUUCAUUUGUCUGCCUCUGUCUGUCUAGUUUUGUCAUGAAGUUGUGUUGAUGCUGUUGCACUUUAUCGUUCUGUGAAUGAAUGUGAAGAAAGUUGGUGUUGAAUGAGACCAAUGUUGCUGUCAGAUGCGAAGUCUGGUUAAAAGUGGGACAAAUGUGUAGCUGUUUUUCUGUUUCAAAAUGGAAGUAAAAACCUUG